CGACCCGGAGGGCUGCCGCCAUGCAGCAUGGCGACCGCCGGGGUGAGGGCUGGUUCAGCCAGCUCCUCGCCCCCGGCCCAGAGCCUUACCGCGGGCACGACGGCUACAUGCUGGAGGGUCGCCACGGCGGGCACUCCCGGAUGGACACGUCGAUCGACUCCGGCAGCCUGUGCAUGGGUGCGGAAGUCGUGCAGCAGGUGCCGACGGGCGCCUACGUGUUCGCUGGAGAGGGUAGAGGCCGCUAUCAGAAGGUGACCGACUACAGGUACGUCGGCGAAGGGGGCGGCUACGAACCCGAGAUGCGCAAGAUUGUGUUGAGCAGGCGGGAAGACCAGAUCUGCAGGUGCGUAUGUUGCUGCGGCUGCUUCCUGGGCACGCUCUUGGUGGUAGGUUUGGUCGGGCUGCUGGUCGAGCACCUGAUGGCCAAGGCCCCGUUCGACUGCCAGGUCGGCCUGGGGCACACGGACACUUGGCCGGCGGACAAGCUGGAGUGGUGCUGCGACAGGGAGGAAAUCGGCUGCGCGGUGGCCCACCUCGGCUCCGUGCAGGACAUGCAGCAGGCGGCGCAGGCGCCCAACACGACAACCGUCGCGCCCUACGACUGCGCGGCCGGGUACGACUUCUGGGAGACUGGGUGGGACGACGCGAAGAAGGGCUGGUGCUGCAAGAGGGAGCACCGCGGCUGCCCGCUGUUCGACUGCCUCAACCUCACUGACAUGCAGACCUGGUCGCCUGCGAAGCAGACAUGGUGCUGCAGCCACGACGGGGUGGCUUGCACGAGCCCCACCACGACGACGACCGCUGAGUACGACUGCCUGGCAGGUGCCUUCCAGUGGCAGCAGGCGUGGACUGAGCACAAGAAACAUUGGUGCUGCAAGCACGAGGAGCGCGGCUGCGACCUCCCGAGGGAGGAGUACGAUUGCAAGAAGGCCGAGCGCGAGGGCACGUGGGAGGCGUGGCGGAGGGAGUACUGCUGCGAGAAGGAGCAGAUAGGGUGCACCACCACCACCACGCUGCCAUACGACUGCCACGCCGCGGUCGACAGAUGGCAGGAAGCCUGGUCGUCUGGCAAGAAGGACUGGUGCUGCCGCCACGAGGCGCGCGGCUGCGCGCCUUUCACCUGCGAGGAGGAGUCAAGAGCGACCUGGUCCGCCGCGCAGAAGGUCUGGUGCUGCGAGAACAACGGCGUCGGGUGCACGACCACCACCACGACCACUUCGCCGCCUUUCCGGUGCUCCGAGAACGGCGCGCAGUCGGAGUCGUGGCCAAGCGAGAAGAAGGAUUGGUGUUGCCUCCACGAGGCGCGCGGAUGCCCCGCCUACAAUUGCAGCACCGACCAGGCCGCAUGGCCGGUCAUCCAGCAGGAGUGGUGCUGCGCCAACGAGUUGAAAGGCUGCACCACGUCGACCACCACGACCACCACCACCCCUGCGUACGACUGCCACGAGGGGUUCGAGAACUGGCUGCACGGGUGGUCCCCCGAGAAGCAGGAGUAUUGCUGCUUGCACGAGGGCCGCGGCUGCCCCGACUACAACUGCACCUUGCCCGACCUGGAGGAGCCUGGCCCCGACCCGGUGGAGCCCGGCGAGGACCCCAUCGUGCCGCCUCCUGAGCAGUGGCCGCACUGGCCAGAGCCCGAGCCGCUGUCGGAGAGCACCACAGCCACGACGGUCACCACCGCCACCACCGUCACUGAGGCGGAGACGGCGCAGCAGCCGGAGCUGCCUGAGGGGCAGCAGGACAAGCCCACCGUGCCGGUGCAGCAGGCGGACAAGCCCACCGUGCCGGUGCAGCAGGGGGACAAGCCCACCCUGCAGGUCGACGCUGGCGACACGAUCGAGGACGCGAAGCACCACGCGGGGAUGGCGGCCGACGCCGCCGCCGAUGCGGCGGGAGACCUGUCCGACGCGGCGCGCCACCACAUCGGCAACGCGGUGGACGCGGCGGCGGACGCGGCAGGAGACCUGUCCGACGCGGCGAGCCACCACGUCGCGUGGGCGGCGAACGCAUCCGCAGAAGACCUGCACGACGCGGCGAAACACCACGUCGGGAAGGCGGCAGACGCUGUGGCGGACGCGGAGACCUGCACGACGCGGCGAGGGAGCACCUCGGCGGCGCCGCGGACGCGGCGGCGGACGUGGCGGGAGCCCGCCGCCGCG